AUGAAUGCCACAGCAGGAUCCAGCGGGUCAAAUACACUUAGUGACGGCCAGAAGUUACCACCAGGAGUAGUACUGGACAAAGACGGCAAGCCAUGCCGAACAUGCACCUCAGCGGCCUCCUGGCGCGCAAUGCUCAAACAAGCCUCAUCUUCAGGUGGAAUAGCAGCUGGGGCUGCUGCCGCCACAUCAACAACAUCAAUACCCCCUCCCCCACCGCCAACACAAACCGACUGCCCCCCCGACGUCGAAGAACUCGGCCGCUCAACCUGGACAUUCCUACACACCCUAACAGCAACCUACCCAACAACCGCGUCCACCGAAAAACAAACCCAAAUGCGUUCCUUUCUCGGUCUAUUCUCAAAUCUAUAUCCAUGCUGGGCAUGCGCGGAAGAUUUUCGGAAUUGGAUGGCCGACCCGUCGGGGAAGAAUGAGCCGCGGUUGUCGAGUAGGGCGGAGUUUGGGCAGUGGAUGUGUGAGGCUCAUAAUGCUGUGAAUCGGAAGUUGGGGAAGAAGGAGUUUGAUUGUAGAUUUUGGGAGGAGAGGUGGAGGACUGGGUGGAAGGAUGGGAGGUGUGAUUGA